CAGUUGCUCUCUUGCAAGGAGCGGUUUCUACAACACCUGAUCCACCAUGGCUGAUGACCUGGACUUCGAGACCGGCGAUGCCGGUGCCUCCGCCACCUUCCCCAUGCAGUGCUCCGCCCUCCGGAAGAACGGCUUCGUGGUGCUCAAGGGACGUCCUUGCAAGAUUGUGGAGAUGUCCACUUCGAAGACGGGCAAGCACGGCCACGCCAAAGUGCAUCUUGUCGGCAUAGACAUCUUCACUGGGAAAAAAUACGAAGAUAUCUGCCCUUCCACUCACAACAUGGAUGUGCCCAACAUCAAGAGAAAUGACUUCCAGCUUAUUGGGAUCCAGGAUGGCUACCUUUCUCUGCUCCAGGACAGCGGGGAUGUCCGGGAGGAUCUGCGUCUCCCUGAGGGAGACCUGGGCAAGGAGAUCGAACAGAAAUAUGACAGCGGAGAAGAAAUACUGGUAAGGGGCGGCCCUUCAGGCUGUGUUUGA